GCACUACGACCAAUAAUGUCAUGCCUCGACUCAAGCAUCAUGUACCAAGUUCAUCAAUUGCUUGUUAGAGACACUGUUGCAAUGGCGGCUGAAUACGUAAAUGGACCCGCACGCCUUAAUUCAACGCGACCACAUGUCGCAAGUACCGGGUAUGAGGAUUUACUUGAAAAUAUGUGUAGGUCCUUGAUAUUUUUCUUGCAUCCUCUUCGUUUCUUUGUUGUUACGUGUACAUAGACACAGUUCCUGGACAUCAUCUGCAACCAUGUCAGAACUCGACAAGAAGAUCCAACCGGAUCCCUAUGCCACAGAAAGUAUAUCUCCAGCAACAACUGCAGAUCUAGACGACAGCUACCAAGCAUUCAAAAGUCAUGAGGGAGAGCCCAUCGACCCAGCCGAAGCGAAGAGAGUCCUACGGAAGAUUGACGUGCGUAUCGUGCCAAUCCUCUUCGUUGUCUACCUACUCCAAUACCUCGACAAAAACUCCUUGAACUUUGCUUCUGCCUAUGGAUUGAAAGAUGGAACGCAUUUGCAUGGACAACAAUACUCAUGGCUGGGCUCGAUAUUCUACUUUGGUUACCUAUGGGCACAGUUCCCUGGCGGUUGGCUCUUGCAGAAAUUGCCUAUUGCGAAAUUCCUCGGCGUAACUACCAUCGUCUGGGGCAUCAUUCUCAUCACCACACCCGCAUGUACGAAUUUCGCCGGCAUCGCGACGAAUCGUUUCCUCCUCGGUACUUUCGAAGCAGUAGUCAACCCUGGAUUCGUCCUAAUCAUGGGCAUGUGGUACACGUCCGCUGAACAACCACUACGCCUCGAAGCUUGGUACUGUACCAACGGUAUAGCAACAAUGGUCGGAGGUCUCCUUGGUUACGCAAUCGGUCAUAUCACUUCCGGCUCUCUCGAACGCUGGAUGUACGUCUUCAUCAUCUUUGGUAGCGUCAGCAUAGUCUGGGGCAUCGUUGUCUUAAUCUUCCUCCCCGAUCUGCCUUCGACUGCAAAAUUCUUGACAGAAAGAGAAAGAUACGUAGCUGUUGAAAGAGUUGCCAGUAACAGACAAGGUGUCAAGAAUAGCCAUUUCAAGCGCUAUCAACUAAUCCAGACCUUGCAAGAUCCCAAGACGUGGAUCUUGUUCAUCAUGGCUGUUGGAGCACAAGUUCCGAACUCUGCUAUCACGAGUUUUACCUCAAUCAUCGUCAAAUCCUUCGGCUUCGAUACCCUCGGAACACAAUACCUUCAGAUCCCCGGUGGUUUCAUUCAGUUCGCAGCUCUCCUCGGCGGUGGCUUCAUCUGCUCACAUUUUCCCAAUUCCCGGUGCAUCGCCAUGAUCACAGCCAACUGUAUUUGUAUCCUCGGUGCCGCUUUGCUCGUGGGACUCCCCGAUGACAACAAAUGGGGACGCCUUGUAGCAUUAUGGUUGUGCUACUUUCAAGGACUUGGCUUUAGUAUGAGUUUGACCAUGGUAUCGAGUAAUGUGGCGGGAUACACCAAAAAGCAGUGUACAGGUACCAUUCUGUUCGUGGGAUACUGCGUUGGCAACAUCAUUGGACCACAAACGUUCAAAGACAGCGAGGCCCCUGGUUAUCACAGUGCUUACAUCGCUAUGCUGGUCGGGUACAUGGUCAAGCUUGCCAUGGUUGUUGUAUUGUACAUCUACAUGUUCAUGGUCAACAAGAAAAGAGACCGAGAAGCUGGUGUUGUUUCAGCAGAGGAGGAGAGAUUGGCCAUUGAGCAAGGUAUGCAUGAUCAGACCGAGCUCGACAACAAGGGAUUUAGAUACACGCUUUGAAGAGGACGUCAUUCGAGUAUCACGUGUCAAAG